ACUGGAUAUAAAAAUCUUACACCAUUAUAGUAGUAUAGUACUAAACUCGAGGACGCUGUAACUAACACGCCUAUGGCAGCAUCACUGCUUAGCCUUUCAGGGUCUAUAAACACACUGAGAACACCUUUUCCCUUGAAAUCAGAAUUCAGGAAACCUAUUCUCUCUCUGCUUCUGAGAGCUGCUCCUGUAGCUUCCAUGGCUUAUGAGAAGGAGCUCGCAGCUGCAAAGAAAGCGGCCUCUUUGGCCGCUCGGCUCUGCCAGAAGGUUCAAAGGGCACUUUUGCAAUCAGAUGUUCAAUCAAAAUCAGAUCGAAGCCCUGUUACUGUAGCAGAUUAUGGAUCACAGGCACUGGUCAGCUUUGUGCUGGAGAGGGAGCUACCUUCUGGGUCCUUCUUGCUAGUCGCUGAGGAGGAUUCAGGAGACCUCCGCAAGGAUGAUGCGAAAGAGACAUUGCAGCGCAUAACAAAACUUGUAAAUGAUACUAUUUCUAGUGAUGGAACAUACACUGUUUCCGCUUUAUCUGUAGAAGAUGUGCUUGCUGCCAUUGAUAGUGGCAAAUCUGAAGGAGGUCCCCGUGGCCGACAUUGGGUAUUGGAUCCAAUAGAUGGUACUAAAGGGUUCCUAAGAGGAGAUCAAUAUGCAAUAGCGCUGGCACUUCUAGAUGAAGGACAAGUUGUAUUAGGCGUCCUGGCUUGCCCAAAUCUCUCUCUUACACCAAUUAGUAACCAUUCCCAACCCUCUGCUCCAAACCAAGUUGGUUGUCUUUUCUCUGCAAAAGUUGGUGCUGGAACUGAUAUGGAGUCACUCGAUGGUGGCUCUUCACCAGUGAAGGUGCAUGUCAGUGACAUUGAAGAUCCUGCUGAAGCAUCAUUCUUUGAAUCAUAUGAAGCAGCACAUUCCAUGCAUGAUUUAUCUAGCUCUAUAGCAAAGAAACUUGGAGUCCAUGCACCACCGGUUAGAAUAGAUAGCCAAGUAAAGUAUGGGGCACUGUCUAGAGGAGACGGGGCUAUAUACUUGCGUUUCCCUCAUAAAGGAUACCGUGAAAAGAUAUGGGACCAUGCAGCUGGAUCCAUUGUGGUCACAGAAGCUGGUGGUGUAGUCACAGAUGCUGCAGGGAAUCCUUUAGAUUUCUCCAGGGGAAAAUUCUUAGAUCUUGACACGGGCAUAGUUGUAACCAAUCAGAAGUUGAUGCCACAGCUUCUGAAGGCAGUUCGAGCUUCUUUGAAUGAGGAUGCUCAAUCUGCUUCAUCUGUAUGAUACUGCUGAUUUUUCUUCCCUUUUUUUGUUUGGUGUUUCAAGCUGGGAUAAUACCCAUCCCAUCUAGUUCUAAUAGUGAAUUCGCAAAAUAAUGGACUUAAUAAUGGAGCCUCAUUAGCUGUUAUUUGAAUAUGCUUCUCCUAAGUACUCUUUUUUGAGCCCACGUACAGAUUUUGUGUCA